AUGACAAGAUUUAUUUUGUUGUUUCUCUGUUCCACGAAUUCCAAAAGCCAGAUUCAAGGAUAUGUUUCUCUUUCAGAAUUUGAAGAUUCACGAAAAAAUCGUUUACAGGAAUUCGUCUUUGUUUCCAGGAUGAUUGGUUUUCGGCCAAACUGGAAUGAGACCAUUCCUCAAUACUGGAUCGACAAGGGACUUACUAAAGAGGUGAUGCUACAAUGGUACACAAAUUUGUCAAUACUGGUAAUUACUCUUCAAAUCCUUGCCCUUUCAAAUUAUGCAUUCACUUGGUGGGUGCGUAAAAACAUCGACCCCUUGAAACUUAUCGGAGAAAAGCCCCUCACGAAACUGGAGAAAUAUGCGCAAGCUUGUAAACUCGGCCAAGAACCUGCGAUGAAUUUUAUUUCCUCAACUCUCGUCACCAAUGACAGAACAUACAUCAUCAUUCGAAUCAUUCUGGCUCUUUGGUCAUCGGCGCUAACUCUUGUCACUAUAAAAUGGGAAGGAAUACGAGCACUUUUCAGUGGAUCCUACUAUCCGAUCGCCGUGUGUAUGACAAUUUACGUCAACUUCAAUCGAGAACUCAUCAUUGAUGGAUUUGGAGGCAAAGUUCAGUUUGUCAACAAACUUCUGUCGUUAUUAUUCAACUGUCAGACUCCGAUGAGGCUUUUUGUUGCGCUUACGUGGUGGACACAAUGGUUCGGACUUGGAUACCGCUACAGAGACAUGUCUCGGCCGUUUCCGAUUCCGAGGUGGGUGCUCUUCAACAAAGAAUUCGCUCCCAUCCUCUUCAUGCUUGUUGAAUUGCUUUGGUUUGAUACAAUGGUUACUUACUUGGGAGUUUGGGGACCAACCUUUGUCGGGAAUUUCGUUGUAUUUCAAAUACAGUAUUUGGAAUGCUCAAUGACGUCGUUGUAG